UUUUUCACAGAAAUGGCCAUUGGGGAAAAGGCCCAGAAGGGUUGGUGGAAAAGAGAGGCAGAUGGGGAGGUUUAUGUGUGUAGGAAGUGGCCAACUUCAGGAAGA